AUGUCAUUUGCACCUCUUCCCGCCCCAGGCUCGGCUGCCUCGUCGUCCAUCUGGGCACGUCGCAUGAUCACAAAGUCGGUGCCUGCAACUGACGCCGAGGUGGAUAUGGACGUUCUCUCCCUCCUCCUCGACGCCAACCUCGGAUCGUUUGGCGAGCAAGACCUCGCUUCUUCGCCCGUCUCGCUGCACAGCCCCCAUUCCCCUUGGUCAUCGGCAGCUGCAGCGCCCAGCAUGUACCGAGCUAGCUCGUUCGGUGCAGCCCCCACUUCCUGCAACGUGGACCCCUUCCGAAGCACGAGCCCAGCUCCGUUCCCUGCGAUCCAGCGAUCCAGGUCGAUGGACACCGCCCAAUACGAGGACGGCUACAACCUGGAGAUGCACGCGGCUCACACUGCGGUCAAGGCUGCUCUCGAUGUCCUUGAAGAACCCAGCCUGAAACGCGGCCUCCGCAUCUCGACCUCGAUCGGUGCUGCCAACGGUCCGUCGCCCAACGGCGGCGCUUUGGGACUUCGAGGCUGCCUCACUGCUCCUCUUUCUCCAAGUCUGUCCUCGCCCGUCUCGCCCGCCGAGUCCUGCUUCUCUGGUACCGAGUCCGACGGCACCAAGAAGAAAGGCCGAGCUCGCAUGUCGCAGGAAAAGCGAAAGAGGCUCGCUCGCCGUCGCGAACGCGAAGCUCUCAUCUCGAAUCUGACUCCCACUUCCGAUCAUCACCACCACCAGCAGCAGCAGCAGCAGCAGCAGCAGCAGCAGCAGCAGUUCCUGAUGCAGCAACAGCAGCAGCAGCAAUAUGUUUUGAACGGCGCGGAGAUGCACAGCUUCUUGGGCCACUCGUCUGCAUCCGUCAACGCAUCCCACUUCAGUCACAGCGCUCCCUCCACGCCUAUGCGCUCGUACUUUGCACCUUCCAACGGCAGCGGCUUCCCCUUCUCCUCGUCGCCCACUGGCACGAGCAGCAACUACGAAGCAGCCUUUAGCACACCUCUCUCUUCGCCACGCGCAGUCGGCUUCAUGACCGACCUUCCCUCGCCUGCACUGACCACCGCUUCGCUCGCGGACACGUCGGGCUUUGGCUCGAUCGGAACGCCUUCCUCUUCCCCCACGACCUACAAUGCCAAGGGAAUGGACAUUUCGAGCAGCCCGCCGACUCUCGUUGUUCAGCCUCCUUCGCCUCAGCGCAUGCGCACCAACUUUGCCUCCAAACAGCCCGACGCUUUCCACUGGAACGGCUUCCGAUCCACUUCCAACCUCGCUUCCGUUUACUAA